GUGCUGUGCUCUCUUUUGCUUGCCGUGACUCCUGCCAAGCAUGGUGCCAGAUCAUCAAUGUGUCUGAAUCCGGCUCUUCUCUCCUUGCCUCUAUGGACGGGACUCUCAAUGAAACAAACCGGAGCAUUUCCACACCUGCUGGAAGCAAAUAUCGCCUCUACAUUGGCUUGGCUUUGGCAAUAGGUUCCAGUAUCUUUAUUGGUUCUAGUUUCAUACUGAAGAAGAAAGGACUUUUGAAACUGGCAGACAAAGGGGUCCCCCGAGCUGGACAAGGUGGAUAUUCUUAUUUGAAGGAAUGGCUUUGGUGGGCUGGAUUGCUAUCGAUGGGAUUAGGAGAAGCUGCAAACUUUGCUGCCUAUGCCUUUGCACCUGCAACCUUAGUUACCCCCUUGGGUGCACUGAGUGUUCUCAUAAGUGCUAUAUUGUCAUCCUAUUUUUUAAAUGAGAAGCUGAAUAUUCAUGGAAAGCUGGGCUGUGUACUGAGCAUUUUGGGUUCAACGGUCAUGGUUAUUCAUGCCCCUGAAGAGGAGGAGGUCACCUCACUAGAUGAGAUGGAAAGAAAGCUACAAGAUCCAGCAUUUGUUACGUUUGCUGUUCUCCUGACAGUUGUUGCCCUCGUGCUGAUUUUUAUCGUGGCUCCAAGGAGAGGUCGGACAAAUAUACUGAUCUACAUUUUAAUUUGCUCACUCAUUGGUGCCUUCUCUGUCUCAUCUGUGAAAGGUCUGGGCAUUGCCAUUAAACAAGUGCUGGAGCGGAAGCCAGUUUAUCGACAUCCAUUGGUUUACGUUUUGGUGGGCAUCUUAGUGUUCUCAGUCAGCACUCAGAUCAACUAUCUCAACAAAGCGUUGGACGUGUUCAAUACAUCUCUAGUGACACCUAUUUAUUACGUGUGUUUCACCACGACGGUUGUGACAUGCUCCAUCAUCCUGUUCAAGGAGUGGAGUAGUAUGGACCUGGGUGAUAUCAUUGGAACCCUGAGUGGAUUCUGCAGUAUCAUCAUAGGCAUUUUUCUAUUGCACGCUUUCAAAAAUACUAAUAUCACCUGGAGCCAGCUGAUGUCUACUGUUGCCAAAGAACCAUCGUUACCACACCGUGAAUAUGAAACCUGUCACACUUUACUGGAGAGCAUGGAAGACCCAGCUUUGGCAUACGAGGAGGACAACGUUUUAUUCAGUCAAUGA